AUGCUGCGACGCCAUCCUCAGCUUAUGCUCAAACUUCACUAUCUGUUGGCAAUCUGCGGCACAGCGUUCCUCGCAUACCAUCUGCGAAUUGCUGGAUCAGUCUACUUCUGGGUGUUGGUCAGCGCGGCGGGCCAGUGGGCCAUGUCAUGUGGGGCUUUGUGGGCACAAACAAUGAGCGCGCUUCGGUCCUGGAAAGACGUCCGGCUCCAAGCUGAGGCAAGAGUAUCCAAACAACUCCUCUGGCUCGAGAUCUCGGCACCCCGACAGUGGAAUAUCCAGGCCGGUCAGCAUGUACAACUGUGGAUGCCGCGAUCGGGGUAUCGCUCUUGGCUCCAUCUGCCGCUUUUCUAUGUGGCGUAUGUGGGAGAAGAGGAAGAGCAACAGCAAAAUAUUGGCUCUCACACUUCCAACCGCCGUCUACACUUUCUCGUGCACUACCGCCGAGGUCUCACCAAGAGACUCGCUUUACAGGCGGUGAAGGCCAAUUUUAGCUUCCCGGUCUUCAUGUUCGGACCCUUUGGACACCCGCCCUGCUUUGGAAACUACGGCACGGUCUUGUUUGUGGUUGAAGAUAUCGGCCUGUUUCGAAUUCUGCCCUUCAUUCAACAGCUGGUUCAUGGCAGUCGCAGGAGAGAGACAGUGGUGCGGAAGCUGGAGAUUCUGUGGGCGGUGGAUUGGAGCAGUAUCGUUGAACUGGAGCUUCUUGUCGAGCCCAGAAUGGUUGAAGCAUCUGUUUCGGCUAAUCAUGUCCCAGGGAUCUUUGAGCGGUCCAGAUAUAAGUCGUGGGUCUGGGACAGCAUCCAGCAUCUUUUUGAACUCGACCGACAGCGGAAUCCUGCCCUGAACUCUGGGGAUACGCAAGCCUCGGUUAGUUCAGCGAGCAUGGGUCAGCAGCAAACGGGGCUUGAUGAGACCGGAGGGUUUGACGUAAGCGGGCAUCGCUUUCUGAGUGGUCGUGCCGCUAACAACUCGCAGAUUUUACAAAUGCGGAUCUACUGUCCAGAUGCUCCUCAGGAGUCCCACGGGCGAUUUCCGCAAUCAAGGCGUAUUCAGUCUCUAUUCGAAGACCUCAUCGCAGCGAGGGAGGUCGAGGGGUACAUUGAUAGCCAAUGUGGGAAGAUGAUAAUCGCUGGUAGGGUGCCCUGGCACAGAUGUCGCCGUGAAUGA